AUGUCAGAAAACGAUAACGCGAACCGGACGAAUCAAGUGGGAGGUCAAAUUCCUCCGGUCGGUGCUGCUGCUGUCGCCGGUGCUGCUGCGAUUGCUGCUGGCGCUCCGCUGGCGAUGCAAUCGAACUUCACCAUCGAGCCAUACGAUCGUCAUCGGAUGAAGUGGUCCCGGUGGGUCGAGCGUUUGGAGGGCGCUUUCCUGCUGUUUCGAGUUCCAGCUGAUUUGCGACGUCCCAUGCUGCUCCACUACAUGGGUGGAGAAAAUUACGACAUUGUUUCGGACAAGUUGGCGCCUGUUAAGCCGCAGGCGAGAACGUACGAUGAAAUCGUACAGCUGCUGGAGACUCACUUCAACCCCCGCCCGCUCGAAAUUUUGGAAAAUUUUCGCUUCAAGUGCAGGAGGCAAGGCGACGAACGAGUUGACGAGUCAAUUGAUGACUACCUCAUUGCACUGCGGAAACUGGCGAUAACGUGCAAUUUCGGCGACUACUUAAACACCGCUCUGAGGAACCAGUUCGUCUUCGGCCUGAAGGAUCGUGGAAUUCAGGCAAGGCUUUUGGAAGUGCACAACCUCACGUUGGACAUGGCUCGCGAUCUUGCGGUGUCCAUGGAGAUGUCCGCCAAGGGAGGUCAGGAGAUCCAGUCCCGGGCAAAAGCUGACGUGAAUCUGGUCGAGCAUCCGGUAAACAAGAGCGGUAAGUCGAAAGGCAAGAAACCGGGGAAAGCCACCGCCGCCGGUCCGUCGCACCACGGCGAUUCGAAGCAAGAUUCGAGAAAGGGUGUCUGCUACCGCUGCGGCAAUACGAAUCAUUUUGCGAACAAAUGCGUCCACGUGAAGACUGUUUGCAACUUCUGCCGCAUGACGGGCCACAUCGAGAAAGUGUGUAUGAAGAAGAAGAGUGCUCAAAGCACGAAGAGCAAAAGUGAUUUCCACCUGGUGGAAGAAAGUGCUGCUGAAUGUAAACAGAAGAAGAAAGAAGAUGUCUACAUUGACGAAAUUUGUGGCUUGUACGACGCGGAGAGCCGAGUGGACAAAUUUUGGGUUGAAAUCUCGGUGAAUGAUUCGAAAGUGCGAUUCGAGGUGGACAGUGGUGCUCCCGUCGCGAUAAUGAGCGUGACGGAUUACGAAAAGUUGCUGCCGGCUGUGAGAUUGGAUCCGCCGGAUAUGUCGCUAGUGAGCUACAGCGGAAACACGAUAAAGUUGCGCGGUAUGUGUACGGUCUCGGUGCAGUAUGCGGGUAAGGUACAUCGUUUGCUGCUGUACGUGGCGGAUAACCGAAAGCAUCCAUUGCUUGGAAGAAGCUGGAUGAAAGUUUUGCGGCUUGACGUGAGCAAGUUCUACGAUGAGGUACAUUCGGUUGCGGACAAUUCAGUGAAGUGCACCACCGACGAAUCGGUGAAAAAGUUGAUUGCGCGGUACAGCAGUGUAUGUGCUGAUUCAAUGGGGAAGAUUAAAGGGCUUACUGCGAAGUUACGGCUAAAGCCGAACGCCCACCCAGUGUACAUUAAAGCGAGGCCGGUGCCAUUUUCGUUGCGAAGUGCGGUCGAGCAAGAAAUCGAGAAGCUAGUGGAUGAAGGAGUGCUCGAAAAAGUGAACCACAGUGAUUGGGCAACGCCCGUGGUUCCCGUAAUGAAACUGAAUAACAAAGUGCGAUUGUGUGGGGAUUACAAGAUUACGGUUAAUCCGAAUCUAGUGGUGGAUGAGCAUCCGCUCCCUACAAUUGAGGAGCUCUUUGCGAACGUGGCCGGUGGAGAGAAAUUCUCGAAGAUAGAUUUGUCUCAGGCGUACCUGCAGCUUGAGGUAGAUCCAGAUCAACGGGAGAUCCUGACGCUGAGCACACACCUGGGGCUGUAUCGGCCAACGCGGCUGAUGUACGGCGUGAGCUCCGCACCUGCGAUAUGGCAACGAUUAAUGGAAGAAGUGCUAAACGGAAUACCGGGAGUGACAGUGUUUUUGGACGAUAUACGCGUGACGGGUCCGACUAACGAAGUACAUUUGCAACGACUCGAAGAAGUGCUUAAACGUUUGAGUCAGUACGGAAUGCGAAUAAACUUGGACAAGUGCGUGUUUUUCGCGGACGAAAUAGAGUAUUGUGGUUAUGUCGUCGACCGUCACGGUAUACAUAAAGUGCAAAAGAAGAUUGAGGCAGUGCAGAAUAUGCCCACUCCCGAAAACAAGGAUCAGGUACGUUCUUUCGUCGGAUUAGUGAAUUACUACGGACGCUUCCUUCCUAAUCUGAGCACGAUGAUCUACCCGCUGAACCGACUGUUGCGGAACGACGUGCCGUUCCAAUGGUCGAAGUCGUGCGAAGAAGCGUUUAGGAAGGUGAAGCAGGAGAUGCAAUCCGACAGCUUUCUGGUGCAUUACAACCCCGAGUUGCCAUUGGUGUUGGCGACUGAUGCAUCUCCCUACGGUGUCGGAGCCGUCCUUAGUCACGUCCUGCCGGACGGAUCGGAACGGCCGAUACAAUACGCGUCGCAGACCUUGAACGAGACACAACGUAAGUACAAACAAGUUGAUCGUGAAGCGUAUGCUAUUGUUUUCGGCAUUCGACGGUUCCACCAGUACUUGUACGGGCGCAAGUUCGUUCUCUACACGGACAACGAGCCUGUAAAGCAGAUUUUCUCCGAGACGAAGGGACUACCGACUAUGUCAGCCUUGAGAAUGCAACACUAUGCAACUUUCCUCCAAUCUUUCAAUUAUACAAUCAAAUUCCGCCCCACUAAGCAGCAUUGCAAUGCGGACGCGUUUUCACGGUUGCCGAUAGCUACGAAGCAGCCGGAUAACGUCGUAGAAGAAGUCGACAUGCUGGAAACCAGUAUCAUCGAGACGAUGCCGGUAACGGUCGAGGACUUGGCCAAGGGAACUGCGGCAGACGGUUCGGUCAAGCUGCUGCUUCAGGGACUACGAAACGGAAAGAUAGUGGAGGCGAAGGAUCGAUUCGGUAUCGAUCAAAACGAAUUCUCCUUGCAGCAAGGGUGUAUUUUGCGGGGUAUUCGGGUUUACAUUCCACCUGAACUUCGGACGAAGGUACUCAACGAGCUGCAUUCCACUCAUUUUGGCAGUACCCGCCUGAAGGCACUCGCCAGAGGAUACGUCUGGUGGGAACGCAUUGACAGGGACAUCGAAGAGUUAGUCAAGAACUGUGCGUCCUGUCAAGUUACGCGUCCGAAUCCUGCAAAAGCUCCGCUACAUUGCUGGGAACCUGCUACACAGCCGUUCGAACGAGUACAUGUGGAUUUCGCUGGGCCGUUUAUGGGGAAGUAUUUCAUCGUCUUCGUCGACGCGUACACGAAAUGGCCAGAGGUGAAGAUUCUACGGGACAUUACGACGGCUACGACUAUCAACGCCUGUAGAGAGUUUUUUGCGACCUACGGUAUACCAUGCGUCCUGGUCAGCGACCGUGGUGUACAGUUCACCUCCGGUGAAUUCCAGCGUUUUCUGCAGCUGAACGGCAUUUUCCACAAAAUGGGUGAGUCGUACCAUCCAGCGACGAACGGGCAGGUCGAGAGGUUCAUCCAGACAUUCAAGAACAAGAUGAAGGCCCUGAAGUGUGAAAAAUCAAGAAUGCACGUGGAACUCUGCAAUAUUCUGUUGACUUACCGGAAGACAAUCCACCCUGCUACCGGGAAGUCACCUUCCAUGAUGCUCUUUAAUCGCCAAAUUCGAUCCCGUCUUGAUUUGAUGCUGCCUGGCCCUACGUAUUCGGAGAAGGUUGACCACAAAGUUCGCUCGAUUCCUGAGGGAGGAAGAGUCGCUGCGCGAGAUUUCCUGGACCAUGAGAAAUGGAAGUACGGUCGGGUAAUAGAGAAGUUGGGAAAGUUGCACUACAUGAUACAGCUGGACGAUGAUCGUAUAUGGAAGCGUCACAUCGACCAACUACGCGAAGUCGGAUCGAACUUGCAAGCCCAAAGGAGUCUACCAGAGAUGCCGAUGCUGCCGAACGUGCCUCCAGGACCCGAUGAAGCUUCGGGCACUGCAAACAACCAUGUGCCGAAUUCCCAGGGAACAUCUACGUCUGCAAAUCCAGUUGCUACUUCAUCGAGAGUCGAACCAGUCUCGGUGCCGGUCCCGGAACCCCAUCCGGCAUUGAACGCUCCGACUACAGGUCCUGCUACGAGUAUGCAAAGCGAAGGAUCGUUUCAGCAAACCCCGAGGAGAUCGACCCGUGCGGUGAAACCGCCUAAGAGAUUGAAUUUGUAA